UUUGUUUUUUUUCUAUUAUUAUUUUUAUUUUAUUUUUGAGGUGUUACAUAUAAUAUAUAUAUGUACACUUUAUGAUAAUAAUCAUAUAGUAGUACAACUCCUGCCCACAUAUAUAGUAGGCUUAUAAUUGAAUAAUUGAUCAUCAUCAUUUUUAUCAAGAGUAGUAGAGAUCAAAAGAGAAAGAUUGCAUAAUAAUAAUAGUACUUGCUAUUAUUAUUAUUACUAUCCAUCUUAAAUUAGGCUAGUUAGGGUUCAUUUCAAUUCGAUUUUGAUACAUACAUAUAAUGAGAGGACCCAAUACCAUUGUUAAGGAUCACAAGGAGAAAAGUAGCAAGUGCAAUAAUAAUAAUACUACUAUUAGUAGUAAGAACAAUAAUAAUCAUGUCAAAUUGAGGAAAGGAUUAUGGUCACCCGACGAAGAUGAUAAACUUAUGAAUUACAUGUUGAGGAAUGGCCAAGGGUGUUGGAGUGACAUUGCUAGGAAUGCCGGCCUCCAAAGGUGCGGUAAGAGCUGCCGCCUUCGAUGGAUUAAUUACCUCCGCCCUGACCUUAAGCGAGGCGCUUUCUCUCCUCAAGAGGAGCACCUUAUUCUCCACCUUCAUUCCGUCCUUGGUAACAGAUGGUCUCAAAUUGCAGCCCGUCUUCCAGGCCGAACCGACAACGAAAUCAAGAAUUUUUGGAACUCCACCAUUAAGAAAAGAUUGAAACAAAACAACAAUAGCAAUGCUUCAUCAAUGGACGAUCCCAGCUUGCUAAGCAACACGACCGAUUUAAUGACGCCUAUUCAUCACCACAACAACUAUGUAAUAGGCCAAGAAGUGAUGUUCCCAUCAUCUAUGAAUGAUCAUGCAACAAGUCAUCAUCAUCAAAGUUUCAUGACAGCUGCUGCUUAUAACAACUUGUGCAUGGAUUCGUCUAUAAUGUCAACCUCUCCUUCAUCUCCUUCGAUGCACACGGCCGCGAGCUCCAUAACUAGCGUGGCUACCAACCAAUUUGACAACUCUCUGCCUCCACUUCUUGAGAGUAACGGUUAUGGGAUAACCGUUAGCAUGACCAAUUUUGCAUGCCUAGCACAACAACAAGAAUUGGUUGAUCAUCAAGGUCAUUUUGGUAAUUUUGUGGGGUGUGACGACCAAAUCCAAGUAUUCCAUGAUCAACACUUUGGUACACAAGCAGGAAUAAUGUAUAGCAACAACAAUAGUAAUAUUAUCGCGACUACAACAACAACCAACACUACAAGUGAAAUGUUCCCCAUGAUUCAUAGGAAUAAAAACAGCAACGAAAUCGUUAUAAGUGACAGUGAGAGCUGGGGUGAUAUGGUCAAAAUCGAUCAAGACGGAGGCAAUGGUAAUUAUGGGAAUAAUGGUAAUAGUAAUGACAAUGAUAAUAAUAACGGAAAAGAAGGAAACUUAAAAAUGGGAGAAUGGGAUAGUUUGGAGAGUUUGUUGGGAGAUGUCUCCUUUCCUUUCCUUGAAUUUCAAGCUUAAUCUCCCCUUAGCUUGGACAGACCUUUUGUCUCUAGCGACCGAUCCGAGCUAUCUAGUACGUACGUACGUGUCUAGUUCGUUACUUCCAUCUUUAUACAUACGGCCAUAAUUUUACACAAACAGAAUUUUGCCGGAUUACACCUACCUACGUACCCUUCAACUCAAUCUUAAUCAUCCUCCUCCUCAUCAUCUCCAUCUGAUAUUAUCGGUCAUUUGUUUGUUAAGUUCCCUUAUUUUUGUCCUCUCCUUGAAGAUUUUGCUUAGAAUAAACGAUUAUGCAAUAAGGAAUUAGAUAGGAAAGGAGUAAGUGUGAAUAGUGAAUUGUUGUUAUGCACUUGUGGAGAAGAGAAUAAGUUUAGCUAGGAUAUAGAAUACAACUUCUUUGUAUUAUGUUAAAUUGUUAAUGUACAAAAACAAAAGGCCAGAAUAAUGUAAGUAAUUAAGCCAUUAAGGAAUUGUAUACACAUUUCUUUUUCUUUAUUCAUAAUGAAAAGUUAAUUAGAAAUAUAAA